UGCGAGUGGGCGGGGCUCCGCGAUCCCGGUCUGGAUUCUUCACUCGGGAGCGCGAGACGAGUUGAACGCGAAUGCAGCCAUAUUCGGCUUCACCGAGAAGCACACCGGUAGCGCAGGCUUACACGUAACGAUUCGCCUACUCAGAAAAAGCGCCCAGUCCAGGCUUUCGGAGGGCAUAUGUAAGUAGUUUAAACGCGUGUGUAGUUCAUCUGGGAGUUUAUAAGUGAAGAUUUCCUGUUGAGCGGAAUGAGCGUCCGGUCAUCCUGAGAUACGACGGGAGGGAGAAAAAGACCGACACAUCCCGCAAAGUGGAAAGUACAGAUUUGUCCGGAUUAAGGCAAAUGGAGCCGACAGGGCCUCGGGAGUGAGGAGGGGGUGGAGGCGCUGGAAGCCAGCGGACAACAACGGGGUUAGGCGCAUUAGGGCUGCGUUUAUCAGAGCACAAUGUUGGGCACAUUUUGCUAGCUGGCUAGCUGGAUGGCUGGCUAGCAGUUGGAGUCUGGGACUUCCGAGCUCCACACAUAUAAGUCAGAUAAAUACUAUUUGUAUACAUUUAUAACGCUAUUCCCCGUUAUAUUAAUUUCGACAAAAGUUGUUUUAUCCUCUCUGGCUCUGGGAGUGGUAGCCAGGCCGCUAAACUGGUAGAAGAUGUCUGCGAAGGUGCGCCUGAAGAAGUUGGAGCAGUUGCUGCUGGAUGGCCAUCAAAAAAACGACAAGUCAUUGAGUGUGGAGACGCUGCUGGAUAUCCUCAUAUGUUUAUACAACGAGUGCAGCAACUCGCCCUUAAAACGGGAAAAACACGUGACGGACUUUUUGGAAUGGGUGAAGCCAUUCACAACCACUGUGAAGGAGAUGCGCCUUCACAGAGACGACUUCGAGAUGCUCAAAGUGAUCGGCAGGGGAGCCUUCGGAGAGGUUGCUGUGGUGAAGAUGAAACACACCGAGCGUGUUUACGCCAUGAAGAUUCUCAACAAGUGGGAGAUGCUGAAGAGGGCCGAGACGGCGUGUUUCCGGGAAGAGAGGAACGUCCUGGUGAACGGAGACUGCCAGUGGAUCACUACCCUGCAUUAUGCUUUCCAGGAUGACAACUACCUGUACUUGGUGAUGGAUUAUUACGUGGGAGGCGACCUGCUGACUUUGCUUAGUAAAUUUGAGGACCGACUCCCGGAGGACAUGGCCAAGUUCUAUGUGGCAGAGAUGGUGCUCGCUAUCCACUCCAUCCAUCAGCAGCGCUACGUACACAGGGACAUAAAACCAGACAACGUGCUACUAGACAAGAAUGGUCACAUCCGUCUCGCUGACUUCGGCUCCUGUCUGAAGAUGAUGCAAGAUGGCACGGUCCAGUCAUCAGUGGCUGUGGGCACCCCAGACUACAUCUCCCCUGAGAUCCUGCAGGCCAUGGAGGAUGGCAUGGGGAAGUACGGGCCGGAGUGUGACUGGUGGUCUCUUGGCGUCUGCAUGUAUGAGAUGCUCUACGGCGAGACGCCCUUCUACGCUGAAUCCUUGGUGGAGACCUACGGGAAGAUCAUGAACCACGAGGAGCGAUUCCAGUUCCCCUCUCACAUCACGGAUGUCUCCGAGGAUGCUAAAGAUCUGAUGCAGCGGCUCAUCUGCAGUAGAGAGCGUCGGUUAGGUCAGCAGUGCAUCGAGGAAUUCAAGAAGCACCCCUUCUUCUCCGGCAUUGACUGGGAGAACAUCCGCAACACAGAGGCACCGUACAUCCCUGACGUCAGCUCCCCCUCAGACACCUCCAACUUUGAUGUAGAUGACGAUGUGCUGAAAAACCCGGACAUCGCUCCCCCAGUAUCUCACACAGGUUUCACCGGGCAGCACUUGCCCUUUGUGGGCUUCACCUACACCACAGACAGCUGUUUCUCAGAACGCAGCAGCGUGAGGAGGGUGGCGCUGGCGGAUGGAGGCGCUGGGGAGGAUCUCCAGGAUGGGGGUCUGCAGGUGGAAGCCUUUGAGAAGAGGAUUCGUUGUCUGGAGCAGGAGAAACAGGAGCUCAACCGCAAGCUGCAGGAAUCCACUCAGGCUGUUCAGUCCCUCCAUGGCUCGGGGCGUGGGGCUUGCACACUUGGUCGUGAUAAAGAGGUUAAAAAACUCAAUGAGGAAAUCGAUCGGCUGAAAAAGAAAUUGGCAGACUCUGAUAGGCUUGAGCACCAGCUGGAGGAGGCGGUGACUCUGAGACAGGACUUUGAAAGUUCCUCCACCAAACUAAAGGCCCUGGACAAGCAAGUCAAAGCUCUCAAGCAGGAGAAGGAGGAUAUCCAUAAGCAACUGGUGGAGUCUCUGGAUCGCCUGAAGUCUCAGACCAAGGAGCUGAAGGACGCCCACCAGCAGAGGAAGCUGGCCAUGCAGGAGUUCUCGGAGCUGAAUGAGCGCAUGGCCGAGCUGCGCUCGCAGAAGCAGCGUCUGUCGAGGCAGCUGCGGGACAAAGAGGAGGAGAUGGAGACAGUGAUGCAGAAGAUCGACGUCAUGCGCCAGGACAUCCGCAAAACCGAGAAGGCCCGCAAAGAGCUGGAGUCUCAGCUGGAGGAUGCGCGUGCCGAAGCCUCUAAGGAGCGUAAGCUCAGAGAGCACAGUGAAGUCUACUCUAAACAACUGGAGAGCGAGCUGGAGACACUCAAGGUCAAGCAGGGAACGGGUCGCGCCUCAGGUUCCAGUUCAGAGACUCAGCAGGAGCUCACCAAGCUGAAGUCAGAGCUGGAUAAGAAGGUGCUGUUCUAUGAGGAGGAGCUGGUGAGACGUGAUGCCAGCCACACUACAGAGCUGAAGAACCUGAGGAAGGAGCUCCAUGACUCUGAGGGUCAACAGCUGUCACUGCACAAAGAGCUGCUGGUGCUCAAAGACAAACUGGAAAAGGCCAAGAGAGAGCGGCAAACCGAGAUGGAUGAGGCCAUGGGUGCACUGAAGGAGAAGUUUGAACGGGAACGCAACCUUCUGAGUGAAGAAAACCGUAAACUCACUGCAGAAACAGACAGGCUCUGCAACUUUGUGGACAAGCUGAAGGCUCAGAUCAGACAGCUGGAGGGUGAGCUCCAAGAUCUGGCCUCGAAGAAAGAGAGUGUAGCACACUGGGAAGCACAGAUCGCUGAGAUCAUCCAAUGGGUGAGCGAUGAGAAAGAUGCACGCGGCUACCUUCAGGCUCUGGCCUCCAAGAUGACGGAAGAGCUGGAGUCUCUGCGUAGCUCAAGUCUGGGAUCCAGAACACUGGAUCCUUUAUGGAAGGUGCGCCGCAGUCAAAAGUUGGACAUGUCUGCCCGUCUGGAGCUGCAGUCAGCCUUGGAAGCUGAAAUCCGUGCCAAGCAACUGGUUCAGGACGAGCUGCGCAAGGUCAAGGCUACCAACAUCUCUUUUGAGAGCAAACUGAAGGAUACAGAAGCCAAGAACAAAGAGUUGGAGGAACAACUCGAGAAUAUGAAGAAGGAGAUGGAAGAGAGCCGUUCACGAUCAGACAAAGGCCUCAAACUGGCUGACUUCCAAGACUCCAUCUUUGAGUACUUCAAUACCUCUCCCCUCGCUCAUGACCUGACAUUCAGAGACUCCGUCUCCUCCUCAUCCGCAUCUUCUCUGCUUGCAUUUUGGGAUGAAACAAGCUCCGUCGGUGAUGUGGAUGCCACACCCCAGAAGACAGACAUCCCUACUUCCUCCCCAUCAGUGGCUUUAGAACAGGACGAACCAGUCAAGCCUCAAGCGACCACCCCUGCUGCCCCUUCUCCAGUCUAUCAGCCCACGCUCAGUGCACCAAAGCCUAAAGCUCAUCAGCUGAGUAUUAAGACUUUCUCCAGCCCGACCCAGUGCACUCACUGUACCUCCCUGAUGGUGGGCCAGAUCCGACAGGGUUAUGCCUGCGAGGUAUGCUCUUUCAUCUGCCACGUGUCCUGUAAAGACAACGCGCCACAGGUUUGCCCCAUUCCUCCAGAGCAGGCCAAGAGGCCUCUGGGUAUUGAUGUGCAGAGGGGCAUUGGCACAGCGUACAAAGGUUUUGUCAGGAUCCCGAAGCCCACAGGAGUGAAGAAGGGCUGGCAGAGGGCAUAUGCCGUAGUGUGUGACUGUAGGCUCUUCCUCUAUGAGGUGCCAGAAGGGAAGUCCACUCAGCCUGGUGUGAUGGCCAGUCAGGUCCUCGACUUGAGAGAUGAAGAAUUCUCUGUAAACUCUGUGUUGGCAUCUGACGUGAUCCAUGCCAGUCGUAAAGACAUUCCCUGCAUAUUUAGGGUAACAUCAUCCGCUUCGAACUCUCCAGUCCGGCCGGUGCCUCUGCUGGUGUUAGCUGAGAGUGAGGCAGAGAAGAGGAAGUGGGUGGGCAUCCUAGAGGGCCUGCAGAACAUCCUGGCCAAGAACUGCCUGAAGAACCGUGUGGUGCAUGUCCUGCAUGAGGCCUACGACAGCAGCCUGCCUGCCAUCAAAACUACACUCUCUGCUGUCAUCUUAGAUCGAGAACGAAUUGCAUUGGGGACAGAAGAGGGGCUGUUUGUAGUCGAGAUCACCAGAGAUGUCAUUGUUCGUGCUGCUGACUGUAAAAGAGUUUGCCAGAUUGAGCUCAUGCCCAAAGAGAAGAUGGUGGCCCUUCUUUCUGGCCGUUACCGCCAUGUCCAUUUAUACCCCUGGGCGGGACUGGAGGGUGCGGAUGUUAAUUGUGAGGCCAAGUUGACCGAGACAAAAGGCUGCCAGACUAUGACCAUAGGUUCCCUACGCCCCGGUGGUCCAGCGUGUCUCCUAGCAGGUGUGAAGCGGCAGGUCAUCUGUUACGAAAUCACUCACGUAAAGCCCCAUCACCGUAAGCUGUGGGAGGUGCAGGCGCCUGGUAUCGCCCAGUGGCUGGGUAUUAUUCGUGAUCGGCUGUGCGUGGGUUACCCGUCAGGCUUCGCUCUGCUGGCCAUGCAGGGAGAGUCAUCACCGGUGAGUCUGGUGAGCCCGGGAGAUCCCUCGCUAGCUUUUUUGGCCCAGCUGUCACUGGAUGCGCUGCACGCUAUGGAGGUGGGGGCCAAUGAACUGCUGCUGUGCUUCAGUCAGCUGGGAGUGUACGUGGACAUGACGGGACGGCGCUCUCGAACGCAGGAGCUGAUGUGGCCCGCCAUACCCCUUGCCUGCAGCUCAAACUCGAACUACCUGACGGUGUACAGUGAUUAUGGAGUAGAUGUGUUUGACGUCCACACCACAGAAUGGGUCCAGACCAUCUCAUUAAGAGGAAUUCGGCCUCUGAAUGUAGAGGGCAGUCUGAACCUGUUUGGCUCCGAGCAGCCCCGUCUCAUCUACUUCAGCAACAACUCCUCAGACGGCUAUGAUCUGGCCAUCCCUGAGACCUCAGACAACAGCAAGAAGCUGAUGGUUAGGACACGCAGCAAGAGGAAGUUCCUUUUUAAAGUUCCAGAGGAGGAGCGGCUGCAGCAGAGAAGGGAAAUGCUGAGGGAUCCUGAAAUGAGAUCCAAGCUGAUCUCCAACCCCACUAACUUCAACCAUGUGGCUCACAUGGGCCCAGGCGAUGGCAUGCAGGUCCUCAUUAAUCUUCCUCUGAGUGUGUUGCCCUCUUCUCAGGACGACCUAUCUAAAGACAAGCCCCGGCCGCUGUCCAGCAUCUCACGGCAACAGAGGAGUAAGACCCACAUCACCCGCACUGCCUCAGGAGGAGGAGAUUUUGGAGCAGGGUCAUCUCGCAGUAUUUCUGAUCAAGAUCAAGACUUUGAGAGAGAGCCCGACUCUGACUCGACCAAACAUUCCACCCCCUCCAACAGCUCCAACCCCAGCAGCCCCCCGAGCCCCAACUCUCCCCACCGCAGUCAGCUCACUCUGGACAGCCUGGAUCAAUCCCUGGACGGCUGAAAACGGACAGCUCCCUUUCUUUUCACCCCGCGCACACCCUAGACACACCCUCCCAUAUCCAUCCGCUCUGCUAGAACUCAAUAAGAAGUGCCAAGACUCUUACAAAAAGUCACCUGCUCAUCCACCACCAGAGCCAAAGGUUUACCCAAAAUCCUGCUUAUGGGUCUACGCCUCGAUCGCCACAAGAGCAGCGUUCAGGGUGUGUGCUGACAGGCACGGGCGAGCCACCAAAAGAAAAACAAAACAAAGAUAAAAGCCUGUCCCCUGGCGGAAAUGUUAUGGUAUUACACUAACUGGGUCAGAUUAGCAGUAUGAUGGACUUUUAUUUUAUUUUAAAUCUGAAUAUCAUGCCAUGCUCCUGCAAGUUUUUUUGUUUGUUUGUUUGUUUGUUUUUUAAUUAUUAAUAUUUACUUUAGUAAAUGAACAUGCAUUACAUCUGCUGUGUCAGAAUUGCUUCUGGAUUCUUAGCAACCCUUCAAAGUACUGAAUUGAUGGGAAAAGAGACUUCUCAUGCUGAUUUUAAAUGUAUAUUAUCAGGAACACUCAUCAAGGGGUCCGAAGAGAGGAGCGUAUCGGGAAGAACGAAACUGAAGACGAUAUAGAACUUUGAACAUAUAGAGAACAUACAGAACAUUCUUGGACCAGUAACACGAUUCAUCACGGACCGGUGAAGACGUCCCAUAUGAGCAAUAUAUCGGUGAUGUGAGACUUUCGGGGGUUUAAAGCCAAACCAGAGGGCACUUUUAUUAUGUAAUUUCUCUUUUUCUCUCAAGUUCUGCAUUUAAACCAGCCUUUAUAAUAUUCAUGUUUUAACUUAGAUGUUUCCCACAAAGAUAUCUAGUUCAUCUUAUCACAAAAAAGACGGCAACAAAAAGGAAGACUCUACAUAUAGAUAAGUGUUUUAAUAAAAAUACAAAGGAGAACGGCACACACUACAACUAUUCAUAGGAUUUCAGUAGUUCCUCUUAAGAUGCUGCUGCUGCUGCUGCGUUGUGUGCUCUAUUUAAAAAUGAAAGCUAAAAAAUCUAUAUAUGUUAUAAGGUUAUCACCAUAGCCAUGCUCUGAUUCUGGUUUCUGAUGUUUGACACAUGCGAGCAGCCUUGUGGGACUCACUGUCGAAGACUCCUAUCCUAUCAGGACGCUGAUGUGAGUUUGUUUGUUGACAUGCUUAAGAUCCGCAGGCAUGGCCGGCAUAUCCAUCAUCACUCGAGUGUGCCUUCAGUGCCAACUGUCGUUUCAGUCAUAAACUGUCCGCUAAAGUAUUUCAGUGGUUUAGACCAGGCUGACAGUAAUGUAUUAUGUUUCCCCUCGCCCUUCUGAAACACUGUAAGACACUUGCACACGUUUUUAGUCUGAGGAAAUAAUUCUACGCGAAUGGUUUUUCCUGUACCUCCUUUUUCUCCCCCAUACUUCACUUAUCCGCUUCAUCAGACGGAAGUUUAUCCUCGGAACACUACUGCUUUUACUUUAAAAGAAAAAAAAAAAGUCACAGGUUGAAAUCUUUGUAAUUAUUGACUUGUUAGCCACAUAAAUUUGAACAAUAAAAGAGUACCUGUUGUG